AGGCCCCUAAAAGUUGGCCUUGCAAGGGGAUUUUGUCGAUCCCUGGUACUAGUAGCCUCUUACCAUGGCAUCUCAGAGCUCUCCUUCUGGUGAUCAAGUCAAGCUUCCUGGAUUCGGUUUACCUGUCAAUACCCUUCCAAAUCGGCUUUUCGAGGACCAAUCACCAGGGCGUUAUUGGGAUCUUGUAACACGGGACUAUGGAAAGCGUUUAUGUUUUCCCAACGCAGUAACAAGCUGGAAUGCCUGGCAUAUUACUGUGAGGGAGCGGAACAUGCUUACCGUUAUAAAUGAAUUGACAGACAAACCAGAGUGGGAUAGGAAGGUGUUCAACGACAAAAUUGUGGACAAGUGGAAGACAGAGGCAUUGGGUAGAGAAGGCGUGGAUUUUUCAGUAAAGAUGUUUGAUUUUUGUAUCCAAGAAUUACGUGACAAAGCCAGCCUUUUUUCCAAGACUGGCCGUGUUUCUGUCCUAGACACUGAAGCAGCCAUCGUCAAAUCCGAUUCUGCAAUCCCACCAUCUCUUCAAGCCGCCUUGAAGGCUGCUGUGCAGCCUCUCGAAAACGUUCCAGACAGACAGAAGGACUGGCAUCCAGGAUCCAACGAGAAAGUUCUGGAUCUUGUUCAUCCGUCACUCUACCCACUCAUGUACGGCAAAUCUUUUGUCCUGCCAUAUGGACGUGUAAACCUCCAGGAUUGCAUUCAAAGCUGUGGACAAGGGAUCGUCAUCCCUAAACCACACUGUCCGGCAGAGCCAUAUUUACUCAACAGCUAUUCAAGAGAGAUCCACGAUCUCCUACCGAGGAAACCGAUAGAUUGGAGUCACAAGUACCAAUGGUUACCCUGCGAGGUGGCGUUUCGUGAUUCAGACGAAGUGGAAAUAACGAGUUACAUCAAUAACCUCCAUCCGGUACAUCACAAGGAAUUGUAUGGGAUUCUCGAGAAGAUUAUUGCUCGAACAAUCCCUCUUUGGAACGAUACCCUCUCUUCGAUGGAGCCGGGCGAGAAGAUUACUGAUCUAAUUCAGCUUUACUACUACGAUAACCGCCCAGCCUACCGUCCUUUGAGGAUUGAAAUGAAGUCCACGAAUUACGAAGGGUACACUCUUAGGUACCCUAUGACAGAGGUGCAGAGAAAGCAAAGGAUCCUCAUUCGACCUGAACCGAAUGACUAUCGUCCCAUCGAUCCUGAACACCUCACUCGCGUCGAUCUCCGUCGAGAUUGGGGGAAAGAGGGAAUCCAGGUCAUCAUUAAACUUGCCAAUAUCGAGUUACGUCCUGAAGACGGUAAGACGGAGUAUGAAGGCGGGACAUGGCACGUCGAAGGUCAACUCAACGAACACAUCUGCGCCAGCGCGAUUUAUUACUACUCCCAGGAAAACGUCACCGAUUCCCGUUUAGCAUUUCGACAGCUCACAUGCGGGAAAGAGUUGGAUGACAAAAAAUAUGAUCAGUGGGAUUAUGAGGGCGUCGAGGAGCUUUACGGUGUAAAGCAGGACGGCCCUUGUGUACAAGAAAUGGGGGACGUGCUUACCAGAGAAGGUCGACUAAUUGCGUUUCCGAAUGUUUUCCAACAUAGAGUACGACCUUUCAAACUCGUCGACCCCACGAAACCGGGACAUAGGAAAAUCCUCGCAAUGUUUUUGGUUGAUCCCUAUCUACGUGUUUUGUCGACUGCGAAUGUACCACCUCAACAGCGGGAUUGGUGGGCUGAAGCGAUAUGCCAGGAUACCACCACGAGGUUGGGCAAGCUGCCUGUGGAGCUGAUGUAUUCAGUGAUAGAUAUAGUCGAUGGAUGGCCCCUCUCAAUUAAAGAGGCUAAGGAAGUGAGGAAGGACUUGAUGCGAGAAAGGUCAGCAUUUGUUGAAAGGUUGAAUGAUGACUAUCAAAACCAGGUCUUUUCUUUUUGCGAGCAUUGAGGAUUCUCAUAAACUCACCCACCGCACGGACCGAUUGACCUCUCAGUGUACAUGUACUACAAUACAUUUACAACAGUUAUUUGGACAAUAGUUCUUUAAAACUUACACUGACCUCGUAAUCUCACUUUCGUUUUAUA